AAAGCUCAGAUCGCCAGAGGACGCGAACGUGCGCGCGCCCGCUGUAGUGUUGGUUUCGAUAAACGCUUGUCGCACCGCUGGCACCGCAUAGCCUUGAUGUGCCUCGAUCGACGUUGCGAAGACUAAGUCGUUGGCGCGUAAACGCCGUUGUGUGUCGUGGUGAACGUUGACUAAUUGUAAUAAUAACGACAAUUUUUAUUCGAACUGUGCGACUAAAAUCAGUGCUCGACGCCACCGCAGCUCGUUGCUCGCCUUGCUCGCACGGAGUGAAUUUGACAGCUCCGUCAAAACUACGGCAUCGUUGCGAUCUUCGUUGAUUGUACCGAUAAUCAAAACAACCGCGUGCCUGCGUCUUGUUUUCGGAUCUACCUGUUCGAUCGACGAAUCGUUGCUGAAAAUCGGCUGCAGUGGCGUUGUGUCUUGUAUAAUUGCGACGAUUGGCUAACCACAAUCCGAAGAUAGAUAGAUACGUGCACUAAACGCAGAGACGGGUAUAGAGACGGACACGUGUAACAAUAUGACAAAUGUUUCGACCCAGAUAAUAUAGUGUGCAGUGUGUGUUUCCUACGGACGAGUCGGCAUAGCUGUGCAGAAAGGAAAGGAUUAUCACCUGUGAGUAACGGGGCAGCGCUGACGCCGAUCCGAAUGUACACCUUGACGAUUAUUCGCAGGUCUUUCGCACGACGGCCGACUAGCUCUCGAUUUUUUUUCCACACACGUCGUCGGUUUUUUCAUCAGCAUUCAACAGCGUCUGUCGCAUUCGUUGAAAACCCACCACGUCGCGUUCGCUCUCCAUCGUGUACGUGAACGUCGCGUGAUCGAUCUGUCAUCGAUUUAUUUCUAUCUUUCCUCGACGAUUGAGUAUACGUUUUGAUAGGUAACGCGCGCGGUGAAAUGAACGGGAGAUUCGACGAGUUAUUAACGAACGAUUUAUGUAAAUCGUGAAACAGACGAAUGAUGAACGAAUAAAUUUAAAGAAUUAUAAAUCAUCGAGGGGUGUGAACACAUACCCAGAGGGACCCGCAACGCAUCCACGUGGACCAUCGACCGCAUCCGUAUCUCGGCGUUUACGCUCAUUGUCGUCCAUCCGCGUUGACGUCGACCGAUCGCGCACUUCGUUGGCGCUCGGUAACGGAUAUACGGGAAAACAAAAAUAGAAACAAUCGUCUCGUUAAAAGUAACAAUAACAAUUAUUAUAACGAAAAUAAUAACAAGAACAACAAGAAUAAUAAUCAUCAAGAAAAGGAAGAAAAGGAAAAAGAAGAAAAAGCGAACCUGGGCCAGUGCAGUACGCGAGUUGUUUAUAUUUCUAACCGUCCAGUAGCGUGGCGAAGGGUUUUCGUGGCCCUUUUGACCGCGCGCCGGUUAAGCCGUCAAAAUUCGGGUUAAGAACAGAGAACCGUUGCCAUCGUACGCGAUGGAGAUAUCGGACGAGUUUCAGGAAAUGGGGAAUCCCGGUGGAGGCGUAGCCAUGGCCAACAUCACGAUGAACCACCACCACCACACGCCCGACAGUCCCAUGUCGCAUCAAGAAGAGGACCUCUCGGAUCCUGACCUCCAGGAUGAAGAAAGUGGCGAGGAACUGCCACAGCAGCCCCUCCAAGGAAACGAUCACUCGUCGUCAGCGACAACGCCGAUUUCAAACAGCACGCCAACUCCACUAACGCACCUCAAUAGCCUAAUGAACUCGCAUCACCCACAUUUCCUCGCCAAGCUAAAAAUGGACGUGAGUAUUUCACCCGAAAGUAUAUCAUCUUCAAACCCGAGCUACUCAGACGAAAGGGUAUCUCUUUUGAUGAGCGAGAGAUCAACAAAUUCCCGUGGUACGAUCAAUCAAAUUAACACAUCAUUGUCGCGACAACAGCAGCAGCACCAGCAACACCAGCAGCACCAGCAGCAGCAACAGGGAGACAUGGACGCCCUCUCAAACAAGAGCGGACUGGAGGCUCUGCAGGCCGCGAUGGGCAGCGGCGGUUUCAAUUUACCAUUUUCAUUUCCACCCCCGGCUGCGUUCCUCGCACCUCCGCACCACUCCCAGAGCCAGAACUUCGCCACGGGUGGUACAAACAACGCGAUCACCUCGUCCGCGAGCUCCCACUCGAGCGAAUCGUCCCAAGGAAGCGGACGAAACGGCGGCGAGUCGCGGUGCCGCACGGAAGACGGACACCCUCAAAACAAUAUUGGAACGAAUCAUCAGCAGCAGACCAGUUGGAGCUUCGAGGAGCAGUUCAAACAGGUGCGUCAGCUGUACGAGAUCAACGAUGACCCGAAACGCAAGGAAUUCCUGGACGAUCUUUUCAGCUACAUGCAAAAACGUGGAACGCCGAUCAACCGAUUACCCAUCAUGGCCAAGUCUGUUCUUGACCUCUACGAAUUGUACAACCUGGUUAUAGCCAGGGGUGGCCUGGUCGACGUUAUCAAUAAAAAAUUAUGGCAAGAAAUCAUCAAAGGACUUCAUCUUCCCUCCAGCAUCACGUCGGCAGCCUUCACCUUGCGCACACAGUAUAUGAAAUAUCUCUAUCCGUACGAGUGCGAAAAGAGGCGGUUGUCAACCCCAGCGGAGCUCCAGGCGGCGAUCGACGGUAACCGGAGAGAAGGCCGAAGGAGCAGCUACGGGGCGUACGCGGGAGGCGGCGGACCCGGGGAAUCGAUGGUGCGGGCGAGUCCGCAUACCCCUAGCUCGUUGUCCCUCCACGCUCAAAUGUCACCAUUGUCCUUGGUUACGGCCGUGGCAGCCGGUGGUCAACACCACGGGCCCCAGUCCCUGGUGAACGGAAGUGCCGCCCACACGCCGCUGGCCCAUCAUCCCCAUCAUCCGCAGCAUCCGCAAGGACCGCUCGGUCAACCCCUAAACGCCGGACCAAUUCCGGGACUCGCACCCUCGGAAAUCGAGGCGCGCAUGGUGGAGUACGUUAAACUCUUGCACAAGGAGUUGCGCAACUCCGGUGCCGGAACACCACCUCCGAUGAUUCACAGACAAGGAAGCGCCUCGCCACCGUCAUCUACAUCGCCCCGUGACGCUGCUCUGAACGCCCUCGAGAUGUCUCGAUUAACCUUAUGGAACAUGUACAACAACAACACCCUCUAUCCGGGGGUUGGUCACCAGCCGCCUCUCUCGCCGCCAGCUCCACAUUCCCCUGUCCCGCCAGCCACGAGUCCCGAACCACAGAGGGAAGCUCUCGACCUGGGUCUCAGAUCCUCGCCAAUGUCUUCACCCCCGGUAAGAAACAGUCCCCCGGUAUCCGGUGGCACGCCGGUGCAGGUGAAAAAAGACCAAGACACCGGAGGGAUCACGUUAGGACCAACGCCGGCGAAGCGAUUACUCUCCGAAGAAGAUGCCUGCGCUCCCGACAAAGCGAUUACUACGGGACUCGUAGGGGCACAUAUUAAAAUUGACAACAGAGGAGGAGGAGACGGGCGCAGCGGUGAAAAUUCGUUGGUGGUCAGCAUGGAGUUGAACGGGGUCAUGUAUCAGGGCGUUCUUUUCGCCCAAACCGACAACACGACGCACGGAGCUACCGCAACAAACAAGACUAAAGAAACAAAACUGAUGACAUUUUAAACUAUGUAAUUUCGUUAAGUAACGGCUUACAAUUAGACGUAUGUAUAUCUAUGUGUAAACCUGCCCCACGAUCAUAAAUAAAUCUCAACAUUACUUUUACUUGGAUGUGCGUAAUUACGGAAAGUGUUGCGGACAUGAUUAUGAGAUUUAAUUAACAUUUUGACGAAACCGCUGUAAGUGCUUGGCUAUAGAAUUAAAUGACUCUUGGCUGUUCUUUUCAUUCUUAUUAGAGAUCAAGCGUGUAUCGCGGACUGGGUAUUUAGUAUAAUGUGAGACUUAUAUAUGAUGAUUUCGCGCUUCGUUCCGCAACGAGUGCGGGGAAUAAACUCUACUUUGGAUCAGACGCGUCGUGUAGCGUUAGGUGUUUACAUGGCGUGCAUCUUCUGCGUGUGUGCGUAUGUGCGUGUGUGCGUGUGUGCGCGUGUGUAUGGGAAAUUACAUUUUCAUUCGUCGCGAAUGAAUCGAGUACUAGAUAUAUCUUGUUGUAUCGCGUACAUUUGACGGCAGGUGGAAACUGAGAUGUUAUUUGGAAAAGAAAAACAAAAAGAAAAAAGAAAACUUUACUCUGAUUUGCUGUGUUUAAAGUUCACCACGUAAUUUGCAGAGUGAUAAACACACAGGAAUGAGUAUGUCGUGGACUGACCGCAAUGCGGACGUUUGUAUAAAUGCCACCGCAUACGUACGCAUAUUUCACGUAGGAAAGGGCCAAAUAAAAAUUCAAUUUUAAGAACGAUGUAUUUACGCUGUAUUUGAUGGUUGCUAAGGAAGUAACGGCAAGUAUUGGGCUAUGAUUUUGGCCCGGGUUGUAAUGACGAAUCAUAGGUGUGCCAGUUUUACUUUUAAGUAUUUUCG